AUGUCAUUUUUCAUGCUUCAUGGCCGAAACAUCGAUUCAUGUCGGAAAAUCCUUUUCACGUAUAAAAUAUAUACGCACACAAUUUCACUCUAUUCCAAUGUAUUCAUAUCUAUCUAUCUAUCUAUCUAUCUAUCUAUCUAUCUAUCUGAUUCAGUCUGUUCAUAUCUAUCUAAAGUUGUUCAUUUAUAUCUAAUUUCUUCAUUUCUAUACAUCUAUCUCAAUGUGUUCAUAUCUAUCUAUCUAUCUAUCUAUCUAUCUAUCUAUCUAUCUAUGUCUAUCUGUUCAUAUCUAUCUAUCGGUUCAUAUCUAUCUAUUUAUCUCAAUAUGUACAUAGCUGUCUCAAUCUGUAAAUAUCUAUCUAUCUAUCUAUCUAUCUAUCUAUCUAUCUAUCUAUCUAUCUAUCUAUCUAUUUAUCACCUAUAUCUAUCUAUCUAUCUAUCUAUCUAUAGCGAUAUCUAUAUAUCUAUAGCUAUAUCUAUCUAUCUAUCUAUCUAUCUAUCUAUCUAUCUAUCUAUCGCGAUAUCUAUCUAUCUAUCUAUCUAUCUAUCUAUCUAUCUAUCUAUAUAUAUAUAUAUAUAUAUAUAUAUAUAUAUAAACACAUUAUCACUUAGAUCGCUUUUGAUUUCUUUUUUCUUUUAUUUCUUCUUUUUUUUCUUGUUCUUUUUUUCUAUUUCUUUUUCCUUCCUUCCUUCUUUUUCUUUUUUAUAUUUCUUUUUCUUUCUUUCUUUCAUUCCUUCUUUUUUUUCUUUUUAUAUUUCUUUUUUCCUUUUCCUUCUUUCUUUCUUUCUUUCUUUCUUUCUUUCUUUCCUUCUUUUUCCUUCCAUCUUUCUUUCCUUCCUUCCUUCUUUUUCUUUUUUCUAUUUCUUUUUUCUUAAUUUUUCCUUCUUUCUUUCCUUCCUUUUUUUCUUUUUUCAAUCUUUUUUCGUCUUUCUUUUUCCUUCCUUCCUUCUUUUUUCUAUUUCUUUCUUCUUUCUUUCCUUCCUUCUUUUUUCUUUUUCUAUUUCUUUUUUCGUCUUUCUUUUUCCUUCCUUCCUUCUUUUUCUUUUUUCUUUCUUUUUCUUUCUUUCUUUCUUUCUUUUUUCUUUCUUUCUUUAUUCCUUCUUUUUCAUUUUUCUAUUUCUUCUUUCUUUUUCCUUCCUUCUUUCUUUCUUUCUUUCCUUCCUUCAUUUUCUUUUUUCUAUUUCUUUUUUCUUUCUUUCCUUCUUUCUUUUUCUUUUUUCUAUUUCUUUUUUCGUCUUUUUUUUUUCCUUCCUUCUUUUUUUCUCUAUUUCUUUUUUCUUUCUUUCCUUCCUUCUUUUUUUCUAUUACUUUUUCUUUUUCCUUCUUUCUUUCUUUCCUUCCUUCUUUUUCUUUUUUCUAUUUCUUUUUCUUUCUUUCUUUCUUUCCUUCUUUUUUUCUUUUUCUCUUUCUUUUUUCGUCUUUCUUUUUCGUUCAUUCCUUCUUUUCCUUUUUUCGAUUUCUUUUUCUUUUUUCGAUUUCUUUCUUUCCUUCCUACUUUUUCUUUUUUCUAUUUCUUUUUCUUCUUUCCUUUUCCUUCUUUCUUUCCUUCCUUCUUUUUUCUUUUUCAAUCUCUUUUUCUUCUUUCUUUUUCCUUCCUUCCUUCUUUCUUUCUUUGUUUCUUCCAUUUUUCUUUCUUCUUUCACUUUCUAA